UGUGCCUUGCUGUGGAGUCCAGAACGGGAAGGAGGGAGAGAGGAAAGAAAAGAACCAGAAAUACAUCGCAGCAAAAAGAUGAAGUGAGUCUUGCUCUUUCAGCUGGGAGUUUGUGCCAUCAACACUCUGGAAUGGCCCACCCUCAUAAACAACUUCACUAUUUGGGAGAACAGUAUCUUUGUCCUGUGCUAUAGAAGAAGAAGAAGAGAGAAAGACAGCUUCCUGCAAGAGAAGAUGCUUGAUUUUAAGGACGAUGAAUCUUUAUUAAACUAUUGGGAGCAAUGAAAGGAACUGAGUCCCGUGGCUACAUAUAAAGGCAGAACUGAUGUUUUAAUUUCAGAGCAGAAAGGUAUGAAGGCUGAAGUGGGUUUAAGAUGUCCAUCAAUUAGAGGGAGGAGAAAUUGUAUCAGCAACUAAAACACUUGAAGAGUUACACUUCAUUAGAGCAGAAGGGCUAGUUAAAAAAAUCAUUAAUCUACUUAACUGAGAAAAAAGGUGCAAGCUGAAAAAUUAUGCUCUAGACAGAAUUUUCUGAGGAUUUUCCCCUGCUAAGAAUAUUCUGUUCCUGUUAAGAAUAUUCUAUUAUUGGCUAAUAUUUAAAAGAAGAUUGUUUUUUUAAAAAAGGCAAAGACGGAGGGUAGGUAGGUAGGGAGGAUAAGCCCUGAUGUGAUCAACAAGUUCAGAUACUUGUGAUGGAUUAUUUGUGUGUUUUUGUUUUUUAAAAGUUUUUGUUUUUUGAGAGAGAAAGCGACCAGAGACUUGAGCCUGAAUCUUAGGGUGCCUGCCUGGUUUUGAGCAAUUAAAUUGUAAGCGCUGUAGAUACAUGAAGAGCUGAAGCCAUUACUAGGCCUGUGACAUGAUUUUGCCUGAGAAGGAAAGAUGAUUUGGAACAACACCACUAUGGACGGGGAAGGGUUGCUUGUGAAAAGAGAUUCCUGCUUCCGAAUCCUCACCGGCUGCUUCCUCUCCUUGCUGAUCCUUUCCACACUCCUAGGCAACACCUUGGUCUGCGCAGCUGUCAUUAGGUUUCGCCACCUGAGGUCCAAGGUGACCAACUUCUUUGUGAUCUCUUUGGCAGUCUCAGACCUUUUAGUUGCUGUGUUGGUCAUGCCCUGGAAAGCUGUGGCUGAGAUAGCUGGAUUCUGGCCUUUUGGAUCAUUCUGUAACAUCUGGGUGGCAUUUGACAUCAUGUGUUCCACAGCUUCCAUCUUAAAUUUGUGUGUGAUUAGCGUGGACAGAUAUUGGGCCAUCUCCAGCCCAUUUAGGUAUGAGAGGAAAAUGACCCCCAGGGCAGCCUUUGUCAUGAUCAGUGUGGCAUGGACCUUAUCUGUGUUGAUUUCCUUCAUCCCCGUACAACUGAACUGGCACAAAGCCACAAGUUUUUUAGACUUAAAUGCCAGUUUCCAAGGUGUGGCUAUGGACAACUGUGAUUCCAGUUUAAACAGGAUGUAUGCCAUCUCUUCCUCUCUUAUUAGUUUUUACAUCCCAGUGGCCAUCAUGAUAGUCACCUAUACAAGGAUAUAUAGGAUUGCUCAAAAGCAAAUACGGCGUAUCUCAGCCUUGGAACGAGCAGCUGUGCAUGCUAAGAACUGUCAAACCCCUGCUGGCAACAGGAACAGUAUGGAUGGCCAGCAGCCAGAAAGCUCCUUCAAAAUGUCCUUCAAGAGAGAGACUAAAGUUUUAAAGACUUUGUCAGUGAUCAUGGGAGUGUUUGUAUGUUGUUGGCUACCCUUCUUCAUCCUGAACUGCAUGGUGCCCUUUUGUGAGCCCAGCACCUCAUCCCAGGGAGCAGAGCCAUUUUGUAUAAGUUCUGCCACUUUUGAUGUUUUCGUCUGGUUCGGAUGGGCCAAUUCUUCCUUGAACCCGAUCAUUUAUGCCUUCAAUGCAGAUUUCCGCAAGGCAUUUUCCACUCUUCUUGGCUGCUAUAGACUCUGUCCUUUCUCCAUUAAUGCGAUAGAGACAGUUAGUAUCAACCACAACGGGGGCAUGGGUUUUUCGAGUCAGCUUGAGCCGAGAGGGUCCAGUCCCAAAGAGUGCAAUUUUGUCUAUUUGAUCCCCCAUUCGGUUCUCUGCCCAGAAGAAGAAGACAUGAUGAAAAAAGGAGAGGAGGGGAUAUUCACCAAAACCUUGGAACAAAUUUCUCCAACCCUAUCAGGUAUUUUGGAUUUUGAGGCUGAUGUGUCUUUGGAAAAGAUCAAUCCAGUCACGCAAAAUGGCCAGCAUAAAACCUGAGGUGUAAAGUUGACUAAUUAAAAAAAAUAUAUAUGUGAUCAUUCAAGAAAGAUUUUCAACUUUUUUUUUUGGUCAGUUUUUAACAAGAAGGUGUGCUAUUGUGAGAAUCAAAGCCAUCACAUUAAAAUCCAGAGCUUAAUCAGCUGCGGUUUGAAAAAAGCAUAACAUUUUAAAAAGUAUUCCACCUUUCGUACAUUGUAUUUAAAGAGUGUUCUAUGUUGUUCAUCUUGAAUGGAAAUGAAUCAAAUAUGUAGGUAUAGUGUAGCUGCAAAAAAGGAGGGAAAAAAGAGUUUUAAGUGGAUACAUGUUUGCAGAAACAGACCUGGGGAAAUAAAUUAUACUUCUCUGUGUGAAUAAAAUGUUAUAGGUUUAUAUGAGAUUCCCAUUUGACUAGCAUAGUCAUUUGUGGGUGUUUAUACAUUGCAAGAAAAAUUUGAUAACUUGUCAGAUUAGGUGGAUGCCUUUCAAAACAAUGUUGAACAUCAAUACAGCCUUAUAAUAAGAAUGGGAUAUUUUUAAUAGUAGGAAGAUUAUGUGUCAAUAUUGGCUUUAUUUAUUAUUUAAAUGGGUAUUUUUUCAUAUGUUUAAACAAACAUGACUUAUUCUUAUUUUAAUAUAUGUUGAAAAAAAUAGAUAUUUGUAUGUAUGGUGUUAUUCAUUGCAUUUUUUAUCUGUUUACUAGUCAGCACUUUAUUCAGAAGCAAAAAGGGAGAAUUUACAAAAUUAGCUUCAUCUAGCUAACUCUGGAACUUGUAGGUGUUCCAAACGCAGCAAAGGGGAUAAAUCUCCAGGACGUUUUGCUCCGCAAAAAGAGAGAGGUGUUUUGUGGGUUCUUUCUGAAUCAGAAGAUCAGAAUCACUUGAAUGAUAAGUUAUACAAACUAUGAUCUUCUAGAAACAAAAAUCAUAGCUGUAGUUUAAUUUUCAAGUUUCAGUCUAUGUUGACUUUGUUUGAAUGUCAGCAUGUGAAACUAAAUACUGUAGCAUUCUGGUCUAAGAGGAAUACCGAUGAAAAAUGAACACAAAUUCAAAGAUAUGAUGAUCUAAAAAAAUAAAACCUCACCUAUAUUUAAUAUUUUGAACUAAUCCUCUUAGAUUUCUCUUACUUCAAUAUUUUUUUGAGGGGGGAAUAAUUAACCUCUUUUACAAUUGGAGAGUAGAUCUAUCCACAAAUAUUCUGAGUGAUAGUUAAACAGAGUUUUAAAUUGUGCAGGCAUAUGCUUCGAAAUGUCAGCUAAAAGGAGGGUCAACUUCCAAGAGGCCUCUGUCCUGCCACUGUGAGGGUGCAGUGCUGCUUUGUCGAUUCCAGCAAACUAUUCUGUGCUCUUAUGAAAUUGGUACCAAAAACAGCUUGUUUUAAUUUUUACUUUUGUUCACUGCCUCUUGCAUAGAAAAUAGUGCCUCGUUCUGGUUUUGGAUUCUCACAGAAUGAAAGGAACAACAAAACUCUUCCUCAAGGUUCCUGCAAGUUCCUAGAGUGCCCAAAAUUUAUUUUCCUUUUGUUCUCUUGGAACCAAAAUUCAUCCUACCUUCCCUUAAUCAUAUUAAAUAAAUAAAAAAAUGAAUGUUAAAGCUACGAAAGUAACAUACAAACAGGAUGGGGAUGAUGAUUGAAUGACAGCAAAACUUCCUCAGAUUUUGGAAGAAAAUGCAACAUUCAUUGAGAAAUGUAGUCAGAAAAGGAGAAACAGAAGAGAUAAAUUAGGUCUACAAAAAUAUACUUCCUAAAUCAGGUCUGUGUUACUCAAGUAUUGUGAAUGUUUUCAUAAUUCUAUUGCCUGUAAGCUGCUUUCAUACAUAUAAUAAAAUUAUUUUGUGAACAUAAAGUCAAAUAAAGCAAUUUACAUUAUAUUUAUUAAAUAAAACUUGCUUUUUUAUUGCCAUGUUGUUUUAACUAAUCAGCAAUUUCCUCCCAUUUUCUUUCUUGUUUGUUUUAGAACCUCUUGUGACAUUUAAUUAAUGUCUGGUGAACAUCAACUAAGAACUGUCUCAUGCAGGUUCUUUUAGAUAUUUUUACAUUUGUAUUGGGACAGAGUUGAUUUCUGUGCUCGUAAGAAUUGAGCAGAAAGAUAGAAUUCUCUAAAUACAGAAUGCCCUUUUUGCAUGCAAAGGUUUGAUUGUCUGCAUCUUCUGAUAAACCUGAAAAAAGUGUUUGGAG